AUGUCUGGCCGAGGGAAGAAAGCUGCCCCCAAACCAAAAUCUACAGUGUCCCGUUCUGCCAGAGCAGGGCUCACUUUUCCAGUGGGCCGCAUCCACAGGCUACUCAAGAAAGGCCACUAUGCAGAGCGGGUUGGCAACGGCUCUGCGGUGUACCUAGCGGCUAUCUUGGAAUACCUCUGUGCUGAAAUCCUGGAGCUGGCAGGGAAUGCUAGCACAGACAAUAAGAAGCGGCGCAUAGCUCCACGCCACAUCUUGCUGGCUGUGAAGAAUGACGAAGAGCUCAACAAACUGUUGGCAGGCGUCACAAUAUCGGAGGGUGGUGUUAUCCCAAACAUCCAGGCAAGCCUACUCCCCAAGAAGACUGGAGCACCAAAGGAAGUUGGCUCUGCUAAGGAUGUCCAGUCUCAAGAGUUCUAA